AUGGCAGCAUUUAAACUUGUGGGGCCCCGGGUUGUGGGGUGGUGGCUGUGGGUGGGUUCGCUGCUGCUGCUGCGCUGCAGCGGGGGGGCCCUGGGCCCCAGCCGGCGGCUGCGGCCGGGGCUGGGGCUUGCUGCUGAGCAGCAGCAGCAGCAGCAGGAGCAGCAGCUGCUGCAGCUGGAGCAGCUGGACCUGGUGGUGGACGGGCUGCAGGGCCCCGCGGGCCUGGGGGCCCCCGUGGAGGCCCUCCUGGGGGCCCCCCGGGGCCCCUCGCGGCGGCAGCAGCGGCGGCGGCUGCCUGUGGGGCCCCUGCUGCUGACUGCUGCUGCAGUGGGGGCCCUGGUGGCGAACUUCGCGCUGCGGCGCGUGGGGCCCCCCCCGGGGGCCCCCCCCCGCGCGCGCGGCGCCGCUGCUGCUGCUGCAGAGCAGCAGCAGCAGCAGCAGCAGCAGCAGCAGCAGCUGCUCGCGGAGCUCGACAGCCUGCGCAGCGAACUGCCGGAACUGUUUGCUGCUGCUGCUGCUGCUUACAGCGAACACUGCAGCACGAUCUCGCGGCGGUACCGCGAGGCCCUGUCUUGUCUUUACAGCAGCAAACUGGUGUCUGCUGCAGCAGCAGACGCAGCAGAAAGCAGCUUUUUGCUGCUGCAGGACUCCUGGGGCCUCCAGGAGGUGCAGCAAACUUGGACAGAACUUGUGGAAAAACUCACGCUGCAGCUGACGCCCCCCGAAGCAGCAGAAGUCUCUUCUCUUGCUGCUGCUGUUGUCUCUCAGUUUGCUGCUCGCCUCGAGCUGCUGCAGCACGAGUGCAGCACGGCCUUCGCGCAGCAGCGCCGCGAAGUUGCUGCUGCGCUGCAGCAGUUCGAGGCCGCUGCUGCAGCGGGGGGCCCCCGGGGGGGCCCCCAGGGGGGCCCCCAGGGGGGCCCCCAGGGGGGCCCCCAGGGGGGCCCCCCGGGGGCCCUCGAAGUCAGUGCAGCGCAGCAGUUUCUUUCCCAAGUUGCUUUUCUUAGAGCCAAGGGCCCCAAACUCGAGCAGCUAAAGGGGCCCCUGGGGGCCCUCGAGGGGGCCCUUGCUGCUGCUGCGGAAGCAGCAAAAAAAGCUGCUGCAGCACGCAGCGCGGAGCAGCAGCAGCAGCAGCCGCCGCCGCGCAAGCGCAAAAGACUCGCCUGA